GGCUGCAUAACAAUCCCAGACUUAGUUCUUACCUGCUAUUGAUCAAAUUUAUCUUAAAACAAAUUGUUCUUUUGAGUAAAAUCAUUAAGUAAAAGUUGAAAAAAGGAGAGAACUAUGAAAGAAGAAGGUAAUGUGAUGAUGAUUGCUCAGAGAAUGAUAUCUGGUGUUUCUCCUUCUCCUUCAUCAACUCCACACUCACAAGCUACACAACCACCUUUGCCAACGCCAUCACCAUAUUCAUUCUCAGUGGCAUCGACAAGGUUGAGAUCAAGGCCUUCUAUAUAUGCAUACGAACUUAUCUUAAGGUUACUGGCACUCCUCUUCUCCUUCAUCUCUGCUCUUUCGCUAGCUGCACCAUCACCAAAAGGGACAAAACGAGGAGCGAUUUCCAGAUUCUAUGAUAGUCCACAAUUAACGUACUGCUUCACAGUAAGCAUAUUAGCUUUUAUCUACUCGGCCUUUCAACUCUUCAAAAGAGUUUGUGACAUCGCUUACAGAGGGGUCUUGAUCUCCGAUAUGACCUCUGACUAUCUCAGUUUCAUACUCGAUCAGUUGACAGGUUACCUCCUUGUGUCCUCUUCUUCAGUAACUAUACCAGUUUUUCAACAGAUGGAUAGCCAAACCUCUCUCUGGAAGGCAGCUAUUCUUGCUGUUUGCAUGUCAUUUACUGCUUUCAUGGUCCUUGCAGUCUCUGCACUCUUAUCAGGCUACAAGCUGUGCAAAAGGAUCAUAUGGUGAUGAACAGGGAAUUGAACAUGCAGCCUUCAACUCCAGGAUUGACAAAGCAAGCAUAGUGUUAAAUGGGAGAUAAUUUCUUCUCCACUUAUUGUUUCCGUGAAGAAGUUUUGAUCUGCUGAAGCAUCACAUGUAGCAAUUGGGUGUCAUCUACCAACUAUCCUCGACUACACUAAUGGUCUGGUGAUAAUAAUAAGAAGAGGGUUUUGGAAGUUUAUAGCAAAGAAGAGAAAAUUUUGGUAGAAAAUAUGCAUACACACUAUUAAUUGUUGUGCCACUGUCAUGGUGAAUAAACAGUAUGAGUAGUGAAAAACUAGUUUGAACUUCCUUGCUUCAAAGUAACAACUUACAAUUCUCUUUCU